GUGAAGCAACCCAGUCCAGAGAAUUGAACGAGUCAGCUCCAAAGCCAGCUUUUUUGAGUGUGGGGGGGAAACCAGCUGUAGCAGACAUGUAGUUAGUGGAUGACAAUCGCUCUGUGUUUGAAUCAAUCAUAAGUACUUUUUUCCUUACUCGAGUGUAUUUUAUCMAGUAAAUUGACGUAAGAGGACGGGUUGGCUCGCGGUCUGUCAUUGUGUAUAGCUCGUGUGCUAUGAUUAGCUGCUGACAAUGAUCUGAAGCCUGCGUUGGUGCGUUGGUUAGCUAGCUGAAGACGCGGCCCGAACCAUUACGUUACUAAGUUAUCUUUAUCUUAGUGUCUGUGUUAGUCGACCACCUCGGCCCUUGCCUUGGAUUGCCAUUAGCGGGCUAAACAGAGCGGAAAAUCAUUUGUCAUAUGCAGCUAGCCAGCUAAUUUAGCUCUUUAUCCAUGGAGUACAGAGGAGUUUCUCUUUGCAGUUUGGACCUACGAUUGAUGACGUGCCUUUGAUUCUACUGUAACCACGAGAGUUGUAAAAAGAGCAUCAAAUGCACAAGUCUUGAAAGCAAACCUCCAUUAUGGAUUUCAGCAAAUCGUUGACCUUGUGGAUUGUAUGCUUAUGCCUCCUGAGCGAAAGUUGGAYGGUCCAAGCCAUCUCAGACCACCAUCAUAUUGAUAGUGGUGUGUCAGAACUCUGUCGCAUCGACGAGCCUCGGUGCCACGAUGAGAAUACCAUCCUCAGUUUCGAGGCGAUCCGCAGUAUCCACAAGCAAAUGGAUGAUGAUGCUAAUGGAAAUGUGGACGUGUCAGAGACGGACGGGUUCCUAAGGGAGGACCUGAACUACCACGAUCCCAAAGCCAAGCACAACAGUUUCCACGGAGACGACCAGUUCAUCAGUGUGGAAGACCUGUGGAAUACCUGGAAGGGUUCUGAAGUGUGCAACUGGACAGUGGACGAUGUGGAGAAUUGGCUCAUCUACGUGGAGCUGCCGCAGUAUGUGGACGCCUUCCGCAAGAUGCACUUCAACGGCACUGUCAUGCCCAGGCUGGCUGUGAAGAACGYCACUCUGACUGUGUCCAUUCUGAARAUGCUGGAUCGAAGCCAUGUUCAGAAGCUGCAGCUCAAGGCCUUGGACACUGUGCUGUUCGGCGCCCCACUCAUGAACAGACAUAACCACCUGAAGGACUUCAUGCUGGUGGUGUCCAUAGUGAUCGGCAUUGGAGGCUGCUGGUUCGCCUACAUCCAGAACCGUUACUCCAAGGACCACAUGAAGAAGAUGAUGACGGACCUGGAUGGACUACAGAGGGCUGAGCAGAGCCUGCAUGAUCUACAGAAGAAGCUGCAGAUAGCCCAGGAGGAGCACCGUACGGUUGAGGUGGAGAAGGUGAACCUGGAACAGAAGCUGAGGGAUGAGAUUAACUGUGCCAAGCAGGAGGCCCAGCGGCUCAAGGAGCUCCGYGAGGGCACCGAGAACGAGCUGAGUCGGCAGAAAUAUGCCGAGGAGGAGYUGGACCAGGUGCGCAUGGCCCUSAAGAAGGCAGAGAAGGAGCUGGAGUCUCGCUGCAGCUGGUCCCCACCAGAGUCCCUCCAGAAGUGGCUGCAGCUCACCCAUGAGGUGGAGGUGCAAUACUACAACAUCAAGAAGCAGAACGCUGAGAAGCAGCUACUGGUGGCUAAAGAAGGGGCAGAGAAGAUCAAGAAGAAGAGRAACACCAUCUUUGGGACMUUCCAUGUGGCACACAGCUCCUGUCUGGACAAUGUGGAUCACCAGAUUCUGACAGCCAAACAAGCCCUGGGUGAGGUGACUGCUGCUCUGAGGGAGAGGCUGCACCGCUGGCAGCAGAUUGAGAUUCUGACUGGGUUCACCAUUGUCAAUAACCCUGGGCUCUCCUCCCUGGCMUCCACCCUGAACCUUGACCCCAGCCUCAUGGGUGGCCGGGCCACACCCCAGCACUUCAUUAUGUCUGAUGACAUGGACGACAUGGACGAGGACAUCAUAUCGCCCGGUACUCUGCAAUCUCCCAGUAUGAUGUCCCUGCGUCAGCGCCACAUGGACACCCAGCUGGCCAUGGGCUCCCAGAGGUUGGUAGAGACCUGCCUGUUGGCGGGGCAGCAGGGAGACGGUACCUCCUACUCAUCCAGGUCUAGGGCCACCCUCCAACAGUCACACAGCCAGUCCUUCCAACAGUUUGAGGCUCUCCCCCUGCCUCACCUGUCCUCGGCUGUCUCUCACCCCGCAAUCAUCUGCUCCUCCCCACCUCUUUCCUACUGUCAGCCCCACUCCUCCCACUUCCACUCUUCCUCGUCYUUACACUCCACCACUCCUCAUUCCUCCCAUGUCUAUCACUCGUCUUAUUUUCAGCCCAUGGACACCAUCCCAGACUUCCAGCGCAGCAGCAGCUUCGGGGAUUUGAACCGCUCAGACUCAGACUCCUCCCUGUCCCUCUCCCAAAUCGGUGAUCGUCUGUCCGCCUACAGCUCCAAGGGCCAGCUGGUGAAACCCACCUCCUUCCUGUAUGGCCAACCCGUCCGCUCCGACGAGCCCUCCCUGCAUGCCCACACCCCUAACGGAGGGAACCGUGUCCAUGAAGGAGGAGCCCUGGUCGAGCCAGUCCCAGAGAGCCCUAUCCUGAUGAAGAAGGUGUACAGCAUCGAGAAGUCAGCCAGCCUGGGAGAGAUGAAUGUUGGUCCCGUUGGUAUAUCUAUGUCAGAGUCCUCCCGCUCCCUCAGCCCCAACUCCACUGAUGCUGACACCCCCUCCCCCACGGGGGGCCAGCCUGGGGCCGCAGGGACCAAGGGCAGCAGCCGCAUCCCACAGCUCUCUUCCAAGAAGAGCCCUCUGGAGGAAGACAGUGGCUCCACGGGAGAAGACACAGACUCCGUCGCCAGCCGUAAGAAACACACCUUCAAGAUCUUCAAAAAACAGAAGAAAUAAUAACGAGGGCUACUAAAGACUAUUAAAGAGCUGUCCAAUGUGUUUCACUUAUUAUUGUUUCUGUUUUGGAGAAGUUGUUUUGGGUUGUUCACUGGUCACACUCGAUGGAGCAACUCUUUGCCUUUAUGGAUUUGUAGGUACUUUCCCUGAGGAACUGUGGGAGCAACCAGCUAUCUGAUUAUAUGAUUUUUGUCCUGAUUUAUGUUGGGAAUGGGUGGUAUUGUAUAGUGGAAUGUAAAGCACUAUUUAUUUAGUAGGAAAGGGUGCCAGUCUCUGAAAGGGAAACAAGUCUCCUGGGUGGAUGUCUUUUGGUUUACUUCAACCUGUAUCAGUUUGCAUGUCUUCACCUUUGUUUGACUGAUAGUCUCUGAAUGUUCCGUGGUGUUUGCUUGGUUCUUGUCCCUAUUCUGCUUAGACAACACUUAACUCAGUUUCAUUUGGUUAAUCCCCAACCACCUUUGUGUUUUGACAAAAAACGGUGUCAGAUGGACCUUUUUAAGUACUUAAUGGUAGUCAUUUUGGUCAAUUGUUAGAGGGGGGGCUGAACAAUACUUGCAAAAACCUCCCGAGUCAAUUGUGCGAACAAGAAAUCUAGCAAUCAAUGUUAGCAGAACUCUUCCAGUACAGCUGCAGACACAGCAACACACUAGGCAAACAUUUCCCUCGGAUUGUGCAUCUUUUGGAAGUGAUGUAGAAGUGCUUGAUUUAAACCCCUUGAAGACCCCCAGCACAUACAAAGCUAGGUAGCCUGUGUCACAGGGCAAGAAGUAAUUGUCCACGAUCUAAGUUCCCUAAUAGAGGGGAAAGUUAUUAAAAGGACUACUUGAACUAUAUGAAUGUAAUAUCAAUGUCAAAUGUUUAUUGAAGUAAACGUCUACAUUUUCAAAUUGCCAAUCGUAUCAAWCUACUUUGCAGUUGUUGUACGAGAUAUGUGAAUCAUUAGGAGUGCUGUAGGUGGAUGUUGGAGAUGCCAAAACMAAGACUCUGGUCCAGUGGCCUUUAUUCUCAUCAGCUAUAUAUGUACUGUACGUUAGAGGCUGCUUUAGAAUGAGUAGCACUGCYUUCCAUUUUUGUAUCUGGGGACUCCAAACCAAAAUAAGGUGAUCAAUUUGACAUUGUCACCCACAUACUUUCAAGCAGAGAGUUUCAGGCAGCGUUUGUAUUUUAAAGACUCCCAAGUUGUUCAGAGCAUUCUGGAGAGGUGUUUGCUACUUUAGCUUGUACUGUAGACUACCAUGAUAACCCAUAUUCACAUUAUACAGAUCCAAAGUCAAGCACACAAUAACAGUAAUGGUAUCUACUGGUCACAAUUAUGAACUCACUUGCCAUUAAUGGUUUUGAGGGCACMCAUGGUUUAGAAAAGGAUGUCACGAUACAUUCUGGUAGUAGGGACUCCUAUAACUUCCUAAACAAUUGACUUGCUCGACUGCUCCUGGAUCUGUGUAAUAACCACAGCAGUUCUCCAAACGAUACCAUCGCCCCCCAUUGGAGGCCUCACACAGUGCGAUUGAUGGUAUGGAUGAAAAUGUAAUUAUUUUCUUUCAUUGAUCAGUUGAAAACAUGAACUUCCAAUUGGUACUUUUUAAAGUGUAAUUUGUACCUCUUCUGCACGAUGAAGCUGUAAUAUGGAUUAUGCCGUCUAUCUAUGAGUGUCUGUCUGUUGCCAGGAUACYGCACUGAGUUGUAUUGAUGCAUGUCAGCUACUGUAUUAACGUCUAUAAUGGGCUUGAGGCAGAGGUCAGCUUGAGCAUCAUGACUCUCCACCCCUACUUUAACUCCCGACKUCUCCUUUUGAGCUUCUAUUUAUGAAUACAUAUAUUUGUACAGAGAUUUUUUUUUUUGCAUCUUCUGUGACGUUCUCUAGACUUUUAUGGCACUCCUGCAUGAUAGCAAUAAACGAUUUUGAAUGAAA